CCCUGACACACCCUUUUCGCUCAACUUUGCUUCUGGUGACGAGAUGGAGGUCUUCGGCACGAACCAGGACUCUAUCUGGAUUGCGCCCAUUUCCAAGGUCCCCUCCGAGCACAAGUUUGCCCUCGAACGCCUUGCGCGUGCCCUAGCGCUCCCGACGUUCUCAGAGACGUCGAGAGGCACAGCGACAGUGCUCAUCGCCACCGCACGUGAUUCAGCCGCUGCCUAUCUAUCUGCGCGCAUGAGCGACCACUCCAUUGCAGAUGAACGACAACGCUGCUCCGAGGACACAGAACUCUCCGCUUUGCGCCGCCCUGCUAUGUCGGUCAGCUUGGGCCUUGGCAUCGCAUGCCUGGUCGCCUCGUUUGGCCUUGCAUUCAUCGCAUGAACACCCUGCACGAAGCCCUAAAGAUACCCCGUGCCUCGUGUCCUCAUGCCUUUUCACGAAUGUUUUCAGAUACCGCUUCUUUGUACGCACAUUACGACAUCUUCUUUGUUCUACAUCCGCUCUCCGAUUACGACUCGCAUUCAUAUCGCUCCUUGCCGUUCAUGCCCCAGUUUCCACCGUCUCAAAACUGCAAGCAGGAAUAAUUUGUCUCAUCGCACAUCAACCGCAUUAUGUAUUCUUUAAGGCCGUUCUUCCGUGUUUUUUCUUCUUCGUUUUACUCGUUUCUCACUUUCGGCGCAUGUACAAACAGUUGUACCAGGUCGGCAGGCAUCAUGGAAGGUCUUGCAUUUUGACGCAUUCGAAAUU